AUGGAGCCCCCGUACAUGAUCGUGAAUAAAAUACGCGCGAUCGCACAUCGGUACGGGAGCGUCAAGAGCUUUAGGGCAUACCUUGAAUAUCCCGAACACACGACCCCGCGAUCCUUGGCUCUGCGCUCGGAGCUUCAAUCGUGCGGCGUUUCGCUCAUUGACUGUCCUCACAACGGUCGCAAAGACGUCGCCGACAAGAUGAUGAUCGUCGACAUGAUGGCGUAUGCAAUUGAUACCCCGGCUCCGACCACGAUUUUUCUUAUCACCGGAGAUCGUGACUUCGUGUAUGCGGUCUCCGUCCUCGCCUUGCGCCAGUACCGUAUUGUUUUGCUCGCACCUAGAUCUACCCCCGGUUGCCUCAAAUCACAAGCGGAAUUCGUAUACAACUGGCCCCAUGACGUCCUACCCGAAGUUCCUUCUGUUCCGGAGGUCCUUCCUUCUGUUCCUUGCGAAGCUAGUCCCCCCCAAACUACAAAUCAGCCACUGCCCGCACCUUCCUUGGGGCUAUUAGGACCGUGGGAGUCAUCCCAUGCAAUCCCCUCCACUUCCUGCAACCGCAGCACCAUCCCGAGACCGCCAAGUGUAGCACCCGUAGGGCAGAUCUCCGAUGGCGGGAGAAGUCGAAAGAGGGAGCCCCGAGAUGCUGCUGCUACGCCACCAAGUUCGGUGUCCGGCGGCCGCCCAGAACGUGCGCACCACGCUGCUCGCGAAACGUCGCCUUCCGACACAAGCACAUUGGUGGGUUCCACUGACUCUAGUCCUGCCGCCGAGGCUCUCGCCGCUGGAGAGAGCUGUUCAAAGCCGUUCAGUACCAAACCCCGGCCAAGCAGUCUGCCGACUACCCCUGCAAGAGUCCUACCGCCACCCCCUCCUGGCCAUCCAUCUACGCCCUCCUCAACUUCAACUACCACAAGUGCACCCUCCACAGCCGAAAGAAAGGAGAGGAAGUCAACUACCGCCCCCAUAGUGCAAACCAACCCACCACCAAAGCAGCCACGAGACGACCAGCCCAAGGAACUCUGGCACCCCGUCGUCCCUCCCGAGUUCCAGCCGCUCGUCGACAUCCUCAGGCAGCAACACGACGAAGGGCUCACCAAGGUCGCGUCGUCGCAGCUCGGCAGCCUCCUGUCGAAAGUCGUCCGGGACCGGACCGCACUGUUCGAGCGCGCUGGCGCCGCGCGGCUGAAGGACUACAUCGCGCAGGGAAAGAACAAGGGCAUCGUGAACCUCUACGACGACUACGAGGACGGGCACUUCGCGGUGGGCCUGUGCUGGCCGUACGUGCGGAAGAAGGUGGAGAACGCGGGGGCGACGCCGGUCGGGCGUGCCGCCGCUUCCGCGCGAACCUGA